AUGUAUAUUAAUUUAUUCAUAUUAUAUAUCUCUAUAGGUUGUUUAUGUGUAAUAUCAGAAAAUAAUACCCGUGAAAAUGAUUAUUUAAACAGUCAUGUUGGAUUUGGUUUUGAUUUAGUUGAAGGGAAUCCACUUGAAAGUUUUAAUGAUUUGAAUACUUUGGGGUUCAGAUUACCCAUUAUUGUCCAGCCGUACAUUACCAAAGAAUUUGGUAAUAUAAUAAUCAAGAGAAAUAAUGGAGUUUGGGUUAGAAAAUCAAAUAACUGUUCACAAAAUUAUGAACCUAGAGAUAUUGAAAAAGGCAGUGAUUUGGUGAGGGAACUGUUUGAUGAUUUCAGUCUAGAUAAUCCAUUUAGUGAAGAGAUAUGGAAUCGUAAUGCUAAAGGUUUAGGUUUAAAUGACAUCACAUUCCAUAAAAACAAUCUUUAUGAAAGUGGAUUAAUCAUACCAUUUAAAGGUGAAUUGAAUAAAUUUAGUGAAUUGAAUAAUGAUUUUGUGGAGUUGGUAGACAAGUUACCAAAUACUAUUGAGACCAGUUCAGAAUGUCCAAUUGAUGUAUUUAUAUCUGAAGUGGAAUCCUGUGAAAAACUAAGAAUUUGGAUUAAAUUAUUCAAAUCGUAUGGAACUCAUAUGACAACUUAUGCUAUGACAGGAGGGAAAUUUAUUAACAUGGAAUCAGUGGUAAAUAUCCAUUUACAGACAAAGGACUAUGAAAAUAAGAACAUCAAGGCUGAAAAAAUGGGUGAAGCUAGUAGUCAGUUUAGUGAAAUAUUCACAAGAAGAAUAAAAGGUAGUAAGAUAAAAAGGCAUUUAUGGGUAAUUGGAGGUUCCUUUGUCAACAAUUUGGAGCAAAUUGAUCCAAAAGUGUUCUCAAAAUGGGUUGAAACUAUAGACAAGAGACCAAUGCCAAUCAAAGCCAAAUUUGUUGAGCUUUCAAUAUUCUUUCCUGAAAAACAAGAAACAUAUAUGAAAGCCAUAGAAUAUUACGAACAGAUAAUAGGAAUAAAAAAAUUAAACAAUUAA